AUGGAUUACGGAAACUAUGGCAAUUACGGCGAGGGCGGGUUCAACCAAGAUGCCCAAUACUCGGAAUAUAACAAUUCUCAAAGACAGCAGACGCGUUCCACGUUGAGUCCUGUCACGAUCAAACAAAUUCACGACUCUAAGCAGCCAGUGCCUGAUGGAGAAUUCGAGGUCAAUAACGUGUCUUUAAACAUGGUAUCGUUUGUUGGAGUAAUCAGAAAGGUAGAAAACUUCACGAGUGGUGUGACUGUAACUAUUGAAGAUGGUACGGGGUCGGUGGACGUGAAGAUAUGGGUGAAAGAGAACUUAUCCACCCCCGCCGAAGAAAGCGAAAAAUACCUGGCAUUGGAGAGCAAAUACGUGUAUGUGACCGGUGCAUUGAAGGAAAUGCAGCUGAAGAAGGCCAUUCAGCACGCCACCAUUCGUGAGGUUGCAGACUACAACGAAGUGUUGUACCAUAUGCUCUAUGCAAUCGAGAAUCAUUUGGAGGCUCAAGGUUUGUUGAAGGGUGGUCCCAAGCAGGAAAAUGGGCUUUUCGUCAGCGAAAAUGGCGGCGGGCUGUCGGCCAAACUUGAUGUCACGGACCAGAUCAUGAAUGUCAUCAGCUCCAAUACUGCCUCCAUGCCUGAAGGUGUUCCUGUGGGGUGGAUCAGUGAUCAGUUAGGAAUUCUGGUGGAUGUUGUCAAGGAGAAAUGUAACCAGUUGUCGGAGUUGGGUAGGGUAUACCAGGGUUAUGAUGAGGGUUCGUACUGUAGUGUUUAA